UGUUCGGAAACCCUCUAAAACUUUCUUCUAGUUUUCUAUUUAUGUGCGUGAAAUAGGUUCGCAUCGACCUUUCUCAGUAUUACUUCGCAUUUUGGCCCGUGCAGACGUUAAACAUGCCUCGCAAAAGAAGCAAAUAUGAAAGUCUCCAUCCAUCAAGCCUGCGAAAGAGAAACUCUCCCGGAAAUCGAUAUUCUCUUGAGGCGGAAACCGAAGCAACGAGUUCUGCGGCAAAAAAAUUGAACUCCACAGACGACGAUUUCAUUGUAAGCCAAACCCACGGCUAUCGAUUUAUUGAAAUUUUCACCGUCUUCAGCGCUCUUUCGCAAAUGUUAAUUUGUAAAGAGUGUAAGGAAAGUAUAAGUUUGGGCGAGACGGGAAAUCGCGGAUUGGGCUUCAAAAUCGCCGUCACGUGCUCGUGCGGCGUCAGAAAAAUUUCUUCGAGUCCUUCCGUAAACAAUGCCUUCGAAAUUAAUCGAAGAAUCACAUUCGUUAUGAGACUGUUGGGAAUCUGCAAAGAAGGCAUCGAUCUCUUUUGCGGUCUCAUGGAUAUAUGUCAAGGUUUAAACAAUACCACAUAUUACGCCGCCGUGAAAAACAUGCACACUUCAACGAGCGCAGUCUUCCACAUGUUGUCUCGCAAAGCCGUGGAAGAAGAAAAGGAACUGAAUUCGCGAAAAGAAAAGCCAUCGCUGAAUUUCGUCGUUUCCGGCGACGGGACUUGGAAAGCGUACGGCUUCUCGUCGUUAUUUGGCGUAACGACGCUCACGGGACAAAACACCGGAAAGAUAAUCGACCUCGUCGUAAGAAGCAGCCAUUGCCAAUCCUGCCACUUUUGGAGAAACAAAGAGGGCACUCCUGAAUAUUUCGAGUGGUUCGAAGGUCACGAAGAAACGUGCGCCGUUAAUCGUUCCGGAUCGGCGGGGAAAAUCAAAGUCGACUCGACGAAAGAAAUGUUUUCAAGAUCGGAGGAACAGUUCGGCGUGAAGUACACCGAUUACAUCGGUGACUUGGAAACUUUAGAAGCACUUCUGGACUUGCAACCUUACGGCGAGCACGCGACAUUAAAGAAAAGUGAAUGCGUCGAAUGCGCGAAGAGGAUGGGCGCUCGAUUAAGAAAUGUUCAAGCAGCGGCGAAACUUGGAGGGGAGGGAGAAUUGACGGACGCGCUCGUCAGGAAGCUGACGAAAUAUUACGGCCUGGCGAUGGGAAGACAUCCGGAUUCCGCGAGCGAAAUGAAGAGGGCCAUAAUGGCCAUUUAUCAUCACGCGUGUUCGACUGAUGAAAAUCCGCAGCAUCAGUACUGCCCGUCGGGAGCUGAAAGCUGGUGCAAGUGGCAAGUUGCAAGGGUGACCGGGAGACUCGACGAGUUUGAACAUCAGCCAGCUGUUUCCAAAGAGGUUCAAGACCACCUGUUACCGAUUUACGAAGAUCUGGCCAGAGACGACUUGCUAGAAAGAUGCGCGCGGAAUGCCACCGAAAGUUUCAACGCGACCGUCUGGCGUCUGGCUCCGAAACAUCUUCCUUGUGACUCGCAGACAAUUGAAAUUGCCGCUCGUCUGGCUGCAGCGAUAUUUAAUGAAGGUUAUUAUCCCGUAUUGAAAAUUAUGGAAACAAUGGGCAUUGUAAUCGGACAGCAGUGUAAAAUAUUCGUUGAUUCGUACAACGAGAAACGGUUACUGAGAGCGGAGCAUCGUAGUUCAGAGAGGCCUCGAGAGGCUCGUGCGGCCCGUAAAAUGAAAGGAACUAUUCAGCAGGACCUCGAGGAAGAGGAAGGCAUUGCUUAUGGUCCCGGAAUGGCAGAUUAAAUGUUCGGAUUGACUUUUAAACUAUGACUGUAACAAGUGUUACAUUGUACGCCAGUAGCGGGUGCACCGCCAGAAGUGGUUAACAUUAUGAUAUUCCGUAAAUAAUAAAAAUUGAAAAAAAAAAAAAA